GCUUCCGCCGGAAGUGUUCCGGGCGAGCGGUUGAGAGAGAGAGACCCAAACAAAAGGGACGAAGGAAGAAGACUCCAAGUGAGGAAGGCGAAGGAUCGCGGGCCCCGGCCCCGGCCAUGGACGGCCCUCCCGAGGUCACCGAGAUGUACGACCAGGCGCUGCUGGGCAUCCUGCAGCACGUCGGAAAGAUCGAGAACUUUCUGGAAGUUUUCUUCGGGUUCCUGUACCGGAAGACCGACUUUUUCCGCGUGAUGGCGCUGAGGGAGGACAGGCUGGGCUUCCCGCCCGGGGUGGCCGAGAAACUGGCGCUGAGGGCUUUCAAAAAGUUUGAACAUUAUUCUCUUCAAGAUAAUGAGAGACGGUUGAAAGAGCUGGAGAAGAAACUCAAGAGCAAGAACAUGGAAGAGGACAAACCAUGCGUCCCACUUCCUGGCCAGGAGGUGGAGGUUGAGUCAACAGCAGGGGAACAACCAGCAGCUGAAGCAAGAGAGUCUGCUGAACAGUAUAGCAAGCCAGCGCAGAAAGAUGAUCCAAAGAUGCCUGCAGAUUUUCAGCAAGUGAUUGAUCCACCACUCGAGGGCGCUGCUGCAGCCCCAGUUGUGAAAAAGGAGCAGUCUGACCCAUUGAAGAAAUGUGCAGAAAAUUCUGACAGUUACAAUGGGGCUGUGAGGGACAACUACACUUGGUCCCAGGAUUACACUGACCUGGAAGUGAAGGUGCCAGUGUCCAAGGGAAUUGUGAAAGGAAGACAGGUUUGUGUUGACAUACAGAGCAACAGCCUGCGUGUGGCUGUACUGGAAGGAGAGAAUGAGCGAGUCAUUGUGGAUGGAAAACUGACACAUAAGAUCAAUACAGAAAACUCAAUGUGGAGCUUAGAACCAGGACGCUGCAUCUUGAUUAACCUGAAUAAAAAUGGUGAAUAUUGGUGGAAUGCAAUUCUCGAAGGUGAAGAGACAAUUGAUAUCGAGAAGAUAAACAAAGAACGGUCAAUGGCAACAGUGGAUGAGGAGGAACAUGCAGUGCUGGACAGACUAACAUUUGAUUAUCAUCAGAAAUUGCAGGGCAAACCACAGAGCCAUGAAAUGAAAGUGCACGAGAUGUUGAAGAAGGGCUGGGAUGCUGAAGGCUCACCAUUUAAAGGACAAACAUUUGAUCCCUCUCUGUUUAACAUUUCUCCUGGAGCUGUACAGUUCUAAAUUUCCUGCCAACACUAUUGAUAUUCACAAGGCACAGCAUCUGACCCCAGGCACCACCGAGCAUCAGUACAAAUCAUGGAUUGCACUCUGCUCUUGAGUAACAAGAGACUUCUUCUGAGCUUCGAGUGAAGUCAAUGCAAAGCAUCAGCUGCCAAAUCUCUAUCACAGACAACGUAUUUAUUUCUCGUAAUUCUUAUUCUUUAUCAUCCUUGCAUGAUUUAGAUUUUUCUGAGAAGUUAUUUGCUGUCUGCAGAUAUUUUGGGCAAUUCCUCCAAGUAUUGUGAUUUAGAGUGCUUUCUGGUGAGUAGUGACAGUAGUGUUUGAUACUGUUCUUAUCCUUUGUGUGAAUGCACUGAUAUUUAUAUUCCUCUUGUGGCUUUGAAAUUAAAUAAUAAAAACAUUUGUGGGCAAAAAUUAUAA